CAAUUUCAAUCUCGCAAGCGCCAUCUUUGUCUCGCGCAUACUUCACUGUCGCCAAAGAUACGAUCUUUUUCUAGGGUUAGGGUUUCUCUGUUCGCUAUUUCUGUGAUUCGGUCGCAGGAAAAUGAGUUCGAAAGAAGGAGCGUCGACGAAGGGAGGCCGAGGCAAGCCGAAGGCCUCGAAGUCCGUGUCGAGGUCGCAUAAGGCUGGCCUUCAAUUUCCGGUGGGUAGGAUCGCCCGAUUUCUCAAGUCUGGAAAGUACGCCGAACGUGUCGGUGCCGGCGCACCUGUUUAUCUCUCCGCCGUGCUAGAAUACCUCGCCGCUGAGGUGUUGGAGCUCGCCGGAAACGCUGCAAGGGACAACAAGAAGAACCGCAUUGUACCAAGGCACAUCCAACUUGCGGUUCGGAACGACGAGGAGCUAAGCAAGCUGUUGGGGGCAGUGACCAUCGCCAAUGGAGGAGUGUUGCCAAAUAUCCACCAAACCCUCUUGCCUAACAAGGGUGGAAAAGGCAAGGGCGAUAUUGGUUCCGCCUCUCAGGAGUUCUAGGUCUCUCUUGUGGAUUGAAACGAUCAGUCGCUGCAGUUGUAUGAUAUGAUGGCAUUCUUUUUCCUUCUUUUAGUAGAUCUUGAGAUGUACAUGGGAUUUCUAUGACGUAAAUGAAAUGGUUGUGUUAGGCU